GCUUUUCAGACAUGGAGCUAGAACACCCGUUAUGUUCUUUAAAGACGAUCCAUACAAAAAUGUGUCCUAUUGGGGUGGUUUGGGAAGAGGACAACUCACCAAGGUAAGUAAUUCCUUCAAUUUGGAACAAUAGGUCUGAGUAACGUGACUUUGCAUAUCGCUUUGAAUUACACCGCUCCGUCCCGGUGUCCCCAAAAUAUGUUGUAGACGCAAAACUGUCCAAUUUUAGCAAACUGUGUGAGAAUAGGUGGUCCCGUCAGUCAGAGGUCACCGGAGGGAUUUUAAACAUACAUGGUCAAGUACCAAACAAACAACAAGAAGAAACCCGGAGCUGCGAAUGAGAUUAAAAAUGAUACAUCAGCAGUAGCAUCGUCUGUUCAGGCGUGAGUAAGCUGUCGGAAUACCCGUUUUCACUGCUUAACAGUUAACGUUGCGAUACAGUUGAUCCACUGUUCAUCAGUUCUCACGCUUGGCUGUGCCACUUAUCUAUGAAUGAGAUUUUUCAAUCUUUUUGUGGCUCCAGGCUUUUUCGCUGUUAAAAUUGGUAUUAGAUCUACUAUAACUAAAUUAUAUAUUCAUUUUAUUCCGAGUCAAGAAACAGCUUGUGGUAAGUUAACAUCUUGUUGAAAAAGCUACGUUAUGUCACAAAAAACCUACAAAAUGUCAAAAAAAACGAAGUAAUGCCACUUUUCAUGAUACGUAAUACCUGUGCCGGGCGCUCCAGAAUCUGUGAAGUCUACCUCUAUGCUGACGACACUGCACUUGUCGCCCAGUCGUGUACUGGUGAUCUGAUUCACGAUGGGUUGCAGAGUGUGGUAGACGAAGUACCAGAGAGGGCGGAACAGUGGCUAAUUGAAAUUAAGCAAAAAACGUCGCGGCCUCCUAGCAGAGGUAGAGGAAAUCGUGUACCAUGGACAAAUUCUGCCUUGACAAAGGCAUGACCUGCCAGAAACAAUCAGCAGCCUUGAAAACAAAAUUUCAAAUUGCGUUUCGGCAACUAUAUCCUCUGUUAUGAAGAUCCUCCAAAUUGAGUUUGAUAAACAAAGUUCGGCUAUAUAAAAUGAUUAUGUUCCGUCCUCGUCGGUAAAUAUUUAGAAUACAUAUCGUAGUACCCUCGUUAUUGGUACGAAACCCCACGAUUUCAAAGCACGCACUCAGCGAAAGAAAGCGGCACCGCGCCCGUUCCCCAUACCUUCCUCUCCUCUGGCUGCCUAUAAACAUUCAUUCCCAUUCCCAUUCCUUGUUCUCGUGCCAAACCGUUGAGACGUCAAUCGGCGCGCAUCUUUUCUACGUUUUCAGCAGUGUCGAGGAACCGCUGAACAUUUAGAACUAGAUAACAGGACAGAAGGUUGGCCGAUAGAUGUGCAUUGUCGAACGAGAUACCGACCGACGGUCGCCUCAAGGUUCUUUCGUCGAGAAGCAAAAUUAGAUAGUGGCAUGCAGGCCUAUUUUUCUGAAGGGGCGUCAUCAUCAGGAAGGUAAACAACAGUUAGUGGAACUAGGCAGAUUAAUGCGUCGAAGGUACCAUGACUUUAUACCGGAGAACUACUCUGCAGGAUUUUUCAAGUUAAACAGCGAUACUAAUAAAAGAAACAUAGAGUCUAUGCAAAAAUACCUGCAAGGCCUUUAUCCGAGCAUUACCGAGUCCCAGUAUGACAUAAACAUAGAUUCCUCGAUCCUCAAGGCGUUUAUAAGCCCAACUUUUAUCCUACAAUACCUGAAAUUGACAGUGACCAGUGCGAAAUUCAGGAGUUUCAUGAAAGAACAUAAAAAAUUGUUCAAGUACCUGCUUGAAUACGGCAAGCUCGAUGUUCCGAUUCCUGAGAGGCUCGCCCAUUCUUAUGUGGUGUACGACGUUUUGACCACAGAAAAAAGAAAUAAUCUGACUUUGCCUGAGUGGACGAAGUCAGUUUUUCCAGAGAACGUUACUGAGCUGGCGAGGGCUUUCGGCAAGACUAUGGGGUACAACCGCAAGAUGCAAAAAGCAUCUGUUGGACCGUUUUUGAACGUACUGGUUGAUCACUUCGACAAAAUCUCCAACCAGUCAACUGAAGAAAGAAUUCUCCUCUUCAGUGGCCAUGACAUCAAUCUGAUGUGCCUGUUGAACACUUUUGACGUCUUUGACCAAUUCGAGUACGAUGUGCCUGCUUUCGCCAACAGUAUCAUUUUCGAAAUGAGAGAAAAAGACGGAAAACAUUUUAUAAAUGGAUAUUACAGAAUAUUAGACCAUCCGGAUUUGUAUCCUAUAACGUUCAAAGGUUGUGCUUUUGAUUGUGAUUACAGAGAGUUCAAGGAGCGACUCGCUGUUGUGAGGAUGAAUUACAAGUUGUUGAACAGAUAUAAUUUGGAUGUAACAACGGAGACAUUUUCGAAAACAUCACUUUAUCAGUCACUUGAAAGGUUGUUUUAAUGAAUCAAAAAGGUGCAUUCAUGAAUAAUUGUCUAGAUAGCGAUGUAAAAAUGUACUUAACUAGGUACAUUACUUCUUUUGUAUUCCAGGAGCAAAUAAAGUUUUAAAAUACUUGGUCAGCAUAAAACUG